UCUUCCAAAUCGGACGGUGACCAGGCACGUUAGAAAGCAAGCACAACUGCACAACCCCUCCAAAUCAGAUAAAAUCCGAUCCCAAACCGAGUGCACAAAAAUCAGAUCUCACGCUUGAGCAAACAGCCGAUCGCCGCCGCCGCCGCCGCCGGCCUCCUCCUCCUCUCCGAUCGGAACCAGAGGCGGCUCGCGAUGGGCGCGGAUUGCCAGUACGAGGUGGCGCAGGCGGCGUAUGUCAAGCUCGCGCUGCACGCGCUGAAGCACCCGGCGGCCGCCGUCAACGGCCUCCUCAUCGGCCGCCUCCUCGACGCCGGGGCAUCUCCAUCCGCGGCCGUUGUCUCCGUCGCCGACGCCGUGCCGCUCUGCCACCACCCGCACCACCUCCCGCUGCUCCCCACCCUCGAGCUCGCGCUCACCCUCGUCGAGGACCACUUCGCCGCGCAGGGCCUCGCCGUCGUCGGGUACUACCACGCCAACGCGCGCCGCGACGACGCCGAGCUGCCGCCCGUCGCCAAGCGCGUCGGGGACCACGUCUUCCGCAACUUCCCUCGCGCCGCCGUCCUGCUGCUGGACAACAUGAAGCUGGAGGAGGCAGUCAAGGUGAAGAGUCGCGAACCAGUCGUGCAGCUAUACACAAGGGAUUCAUCAAAAAGCUGGCGUCAGGCUGGAUCAGAUGGAAGUAGCCAGCUGACUUUAAAAGAACCGUCGACCAAUAUGGUUUUAGCUGAUCAUGUUACAACAAAGAAAUGGCAGCAGGUUGUUGAUUUUGAUGACCACCUCGAUGAUAUUAGCAAGGAUUGGUUGAACCAAGGGCUGCUUGCUUGAAAUAAUUAUGUGCUUUGAUCUUUUUAUACUUAUAUUAUUGGUUCUCACCAGAACCAGUAUGUUGAGGCUCGUCUGACCAGAUCAUUGCAUUUUGCUCAACAGCUAGACGAGUUAUUUGACAGGUUUUGUACUUAAAUAUGAACAAGUAUUUUUUUUGUAACAAAUUGUAGCAGGUAAAAAUGCUAAGAUCUGCAUUACGAUUAGUAGCGUUCAUAUGCCAUUUCAUCACUCUUAUCGGACACUUGGGAAAAAUUCAUCGGAACAUCCAUGUACUACAGCAUUUUGAGUCCCAACCUAUACGAUACAUUAUUUCUCCAUGUAUAAUUUAGAUAGCUGUUAUAAAUUAUGGGCUCUGCCUGAACAUGCUAAGUUUCAGACGCACGUUUGCCUAAUUUCCUGAU